CAUUCGGGAGAAAGAGCGGGGCCGUAGGAGUCCAAUGUGAUGGAAUUACCUCAUUCGACGGAAAUGUUCUUCUUUCCGUGUUCACGAAUCCAUUCCCUUCUCCUUAUCAUCCCUUUCGUUCCCAUCGGUUAGAGUCUAUCCGAUAAAUAUCGCCCGGCUAUUAUCUGCUGCCAUAGACAAGAGGUGGGAGAGAGAUCGAACUCCAGUCCGCAUGGCGUCUCCGGUGGUGGAUGAGGCAUAUCUGAAGGAGGUCGACAAGGCUCGCCGUCUUCUUCGAGCGCUCAUUGCUCAGAAGGGCUGCGCACCGAUCAUGCUUCGAUUGGCAUGGCAUGAUGCUGGUACAUAUGAUGCAACGAUGAAGACUGGUGGUCCAAAUGGGUCAAUCAGAAACGAAGAAGAGUAUACACAUGGUGCAAAUAAUGGUCUAAAAAUAGCAUUGAACUUCUGUGAUGAAAUCAAGGCAAAAUGUCCAAAGAUUACUUAUGCAGAUCUCUACCAGCUUGCUGGUGUUGUUGCGGUUGAAGUCACUGGAGGACCCACUGUGGACUUUGUUCCUGGCCGUAGGGACUCAGUGGUUUCUCCAAAAGAAGGAAGGCUUCCUGAUGCUAAAAAAGGUUCACAACAUCUGAAGGAUGUCUUCUACAGGAUGGGAUUAACAGACAAGGACAUUGUAGCACUCUCAGGUGGUCACACCUUGGGCCGAGCACAUCCUGAGAGAUCUGGAUUUGAAGGUGCCUGGACUAAGGAGCCUCUGAAGUUUGACAAUUCAUAUUUCGUUGAAUUGUUGAAAGGACAGUCAGAGGGACUAUUGCAACUUCCUUCAGACAAAGCUCUUUUGGAUGAUCCUAACUUCCGACCUUUUGUAGAGCUCUAUGCAAAGGAUGAAGAAUUGUUCUUCAAAGACUAUGCAGAAUCACACAAAAAACUCUCUGAGUUGGGGUUUAGACCUCCUGGCUCCAGGCCAAUUAAGUCUGCUACCAUAUUGGCACAGAGUGCAGUUGGUGUUGCUGUUGCUGCUGCUGUGGUGAUAUUAAGCUAUAUGUACGAGGUUCGCCGGAAGUGAAUUGAUUGAGACACGUUACAAGAUUCAGUUUCUAUUAUCAAUAAGGUCAUUAAUGGCAGUAAAAGCCCUAUACUUGGACUUAGGACAGAUGUUCUGAAAAUUAUAUCUGUUGAAGAACCUUUUUAUUCCUCAAAAUUAUGGAUUAGUGUCUCAUUAGGUUAUGUUAUUUUCACUAUAAGCAUGAUAACUGAUUAACUAGUUCUUUA